AUGUCGGGAGAAGGAGCAUCUUUCUACUCUCAAGGGGAAGAAGCAAUUACUCGGAAAAUCGAGCUGCAGGAUGUCAAUACCGGUUCCAUUCUUCCAGGAACGCCACGAUUCACAGAAUAUUUCGAACUCGAGUGGACGAUCAGCCAGAUCAAGGAUGGCGGAUUCAAGAGGAUAGCGCUGCAAUUUCCCGAUGAGCUACUGCAGUACUCGGUCCCUAUAUUUCAGACCCUGAAACGGCACUUGCGACCUGGACAAGAUGUGUACAUCUUGGCAGAUACGUCGUAUGGCAGUUGCUGUGUAGAUGAGGUCGCGGCCCAACAUGUCGACGCCGAUCUCAUCGUGCACUAUGGUCACGCUUGCAUGAGUCACCCAUGCAGAUUGCCUGUGAUCUACGUGUUUGGACGUCAACAUCUCGACGUACAGCUGUGUGCACAGAACCUGGUAGAUUCAAUCUCGAAGGAUCAGGCCCUCAACGAAAACACCCAAGUGGUGCUGAAGCUUGAUGUGAUCUACGCUCAUUGCGCAGCCGAUGUUCGUGAUGCUCUCGUAGCCAAAGGCAUCCAAGUGACGUAUACUCCGAUCCCUCGACGAUUAGAGCCAGCUACACAAACCAACACCUCACUCGCCGACGUCGAAACGUCGAAUACACCUACACUCAUUCUAUAUGUAGGACCGGAAAGUCUCCAUCUUACUAACCUCCUCAUAACUCAUUCCUUCUCCACCGUGUAUCGGUAUGAUCCGAAUAUACAGGUCGUAAUCGUCGAGUCUACGAAGACCAAUAAGAUGCUCAUGCGUCGAUACACCGCUGUGCAAAAGGCUAGAGACGCUGAUGUAAUCGGCAUCCUUGUCGGCACGCUAGGAGUAGCCUCAUAUCUUCCUCUCAUUACACAUAUCCGAACGACCCUGAAGAAGGCCCAAAAGAAAAGCUAUACUAUAAGCGUCGGAAAGCUUAACCCCGCGAAACUGGCUAAUUUCAUGGAAAUCGAAUGUUUCGUCCUCGUCGCCUGUCCUGAGAACAGUAUAAUAGACUCUAAGGAAUUUCUGAGACCGAUAGUUACCCCAUACGAGCUCCAGAUUAGUUUACAAGCGGAACCUACGUGGACGGGACGUUAUGUUCUCGACUUCGGCGAGCUACUCAACGAGCCAGUUCAACAAGACGAAAAUACCAGCGAUGACGACACCAAUAGACCUGUUUUCUCACUUAUGACUGGGUCAUACAGGCACGCGAAGAAAUACGGAGCCGCAACUCCUGAUAUUGACACUCUAACGAACUCUGACUCGACAACAGUAGUUGUUCGCAGCCAAGACAAUACUGUCGCACGGCUGGGUGAUAGCGCAGCUGCCGAUUUCCUAACCACCAGGUCGUAUCAAGGAUUGGAGAUGCGCCUUGGGGAGGAUGCUCCCGGUGUUCUUGAGCAGGGCCGGAGCGGGAUAGCUAGAGGAUAUCAGGAUGACCAUUCUGGAGGGGACUGA